AUGACUGCUGAAAACGAACGUGAAAUAUAUCAUAAAUUGGAAGCCAUGAAAGAGAUUAGGAAUAAAACAAUAACAUUGGAGCGGAUGAAGCGCAGCAUCCUGAAUGAAGUGCGCAGCGGGGACCAGGAAGGGCGCUGCUUAGCACAGUACAAGCGGGAGAUGGAGCUGCUGCAGCAAGAGAAGAUGAGCCAUGUGGAAGAACUGCGCCAAAUACAUGCUGACAUUAAUGCGAUGGAGACUGUGAUCAAACAAACGGAGGAGAGCAUGACGCGCAAGCUGUCGAACGCGUCGCGGCUGCACGAGGACUACCGGCCGCUAAAGGCCGAGGUGGACCUGCUGCGGCGACAGUGUCUCGGCCUCGAGCGCCUGCCCGACCUGCACGAAGAAGAAGGCAGCCCUAUCACUCCCGAUCGGUUCCCCGCGCUGCCGCCGGGCGCGGCGGCGCCGGCCCCGCGAGCCCUGGGCGGGUUCCUGCCGCCGGCGGCGCCCCGCAAGCCGCCCCCUCCGCCGCCUGCGUUCAGGUCUGCACUCGACCAAGAUUUCAUUACCGUCUCGCUGAGACAGCAGCCCCCGCCGAUGAAGUCGUGCCUGUCGUGCCACCAACAGAUACACCGCAACGCGCCCAUCUGUCCGCUCUGCAAGGCCAAGAGUCGCUCGCGGAACCCCAAGAAGCCCAAGAAGAAAUAG